AUGAACAUCGUCACCAACAUCUACACAACACAACGACCAUCGUCACCAACAUCUUCACGACAACACCACGACCAUCGUCACCAACAUCUACACGGCAACACCACGACCAUCGUCACCAACAUCUACACAACACCACGAACAUCGUCAUCAACAUCUACACGGCAACACCACGACCAUCGUCACCAACAUCUACACGACAACACCACGACCAUCGUCACAAACAUCUACACGGCAACGCCACGACCAUCGUCACCAACAUCUACACAACACCACGAACAUCGUCACCAACAUCUACACGACACCACGACCAUCGUCACCAACAUCUACACGGCAGCACCACGACCAUCGUCACCAACAUCUACACAACACCACGGACCUCGUCACCAACAUCUACACAACACCACGACCAUCGUCACCAACAUCUACACGGCAACACCACGACCAUCGUCACCAACAUCUACACAACACCACGACCAUCGUCACCAACAUCUACAUGGCAACACCACGACCAUCGUCACCAACAUCUACACGACACCACGACCAUCGUCACCAACAUCUACACGACAACACCACGGACCACGUCACCAACAUCUACACGGUAACACCACGGACCUCGUCACCAACAUCUACACAACACCUUGGACCUCGUCACCAACAUCUACACGGCAACGCCAUGACCAUCGUCACCAACAACUACACAACACCACGGACCUCGUCACCAACAUCUACACAACACCACGACAAUCGUCACCAGCAUCUACACGGCAACGCCACGAACAUCGUCACCAGCAUCUACAUGGCAACGCCACGAACAUCGUCACCAACAUCUACAUGGCAACACCACGAACAUCGUCACCAACAUCUACACGACAACACCAUGAACAUCUUCACCAGCAUCUACACGGCAACGCCACGAACAUCGUCACCAGCAUCCACACGGCAACACCACGACCAUCGUCACCAACAUCUACACUUCACCACGAACAUCGUCACCAACAUCUACACGGCAACACCACGACCAUCGUCACCGACAUCUACACGACAGCACCACGACCAUCGUCACCAACAUCUACACGACAACACCACGACCAUCGUCACCAACAUCUACACAACACCACGACCAUCGUCACCAACAUCUACACGACAACACCACGACCAUCGUCACCAACAUCUACACGACACCACGACCAUCGUCACCAACAUCUACACGACAACACCACGACCAUCGUCACCAACAUCUACACGACAACACCACGACCAUCGUCACCAACAUCUACACGGUAA